AUGAGUACUAAAAGCCCUCUCAAAAAAAUCAUCAAGGAGACGACAACUGGAGUUCCAAGUGGAAAUUCCCCCGCGGGGCUGGGAGCAAAUCUGCAACAGAACCAACCUAAGCAAGAAGAAGAUGAUGGCGUGUCUCUCCUCUCGGAUCCAGAAGACUACUUGGACGAAAAUGAAUCGCUUGACAUGAAUUUGGCACGCGGAAACCAGAAGGUGUGGUUCGUCAAGUUGCCUCGGUAUUUGGCAGAGAAGUGGACUAACCCAGAUAACUUAAAUGGCCAACAACUUGGCCAGGUCAAGAUCAGACAGAACACAGGGGGCAACGGCAAGAGGAAGUUGGAAGUCAAACUUGUAUUGAACGAUACACCGGACUCAGAAACGAUUCCUCACGAAUAUGACCUAUCGAUUCUCAACACCCAGGUGCAUAACUCGUAUGUAUUCAGCGAAGAGAACUUGAAGAGGUUCAAGCAGGAGGUCACAGAGAUCGCAGACAUGCCCGAUGCACCGGAGCUCCCCGAUCUUAACCAGGAUGAGUCCCUCGACAGGCGGCCCAAUAAGUUCUUCCGUGUGCAAAAGAACGGAGAGGAAGAGAAGGUGAUUCCGUUUGUUAAAACCAUCCCCAAGAAGACCAAUCUCGUUGGAAAGAUCGUGCAUGACUGCCAAAUAGUUCCUCUGAAGUCAGACCGUAGAUAUGCACAGAUGUUGGCCAAAAGACAGAACAUGCCACUCACCAAGGCUAGACCAAAGGUUACAUUUCUCAAUGAGAUUCCCGGAGUGGUGCAAUCGCAAGCAGGACCAUCGAUCACAGGAAGGAGCACGUCGUUGUUUCUCAAGUCGUCCAAUGCUGCCAAGAACAAGGCCGAUGGCCGUGCCAUUAGAAUGCCCAAGAAAGAUCUCUUGGAUUUGCUUUUCCGUCUUUUUGAGGAGUACGAGUAUUGGUCCAUGAAAGGCUUGAAGGAGCGCACAAGACAACCAGAGACGUACUUGAAGGAGUCGUUGGAGCUGAUUGCCAAUCUCAUAAAGAAGGGCCCUUAUACAUCCAAGUACAAUCUUAAACCAGAGUAUAAGAGAUUGAGAGAUGCCGAGAGGGCAGCACGACUUGGUCAAGCUGCAGGUGAAGAUAACGACAACGAUAAGGAUGAAGAUGAUGACAUUGAGAUGGAGGAUAUCAUCUAG